AUGAGCAAAAAAGAUAAUGAUAGCAGAGAAGAAGAGGAUAGAGAGGAUAAAGUAUACAAUCAAUAUGCUAAAAAUUCUGAUAUCCCUGAUGAGCGGGUUAUAGAAUCCAUUUUUGAAGAAAGAAAAACUGAACAUGCUGAUGAUGCUAUUGACUACGAAGAUAUUGAUGAAUUAGCGGAUGAAAGCGACGACAGUGCUGGGGCAAUCAAUCAAAAUGUGGGAAGAGAUAGUGACUUUGAAGAAAUGUUUGGCGAGGUUGAUAAUGAUUUAAGUAAUUUAGGGACAGGUAUGGAUGAUGAUAAUCACAUAACCCUAAAUGAAUUAGGCAGUAGUCAUGGUCUAGUCGACGACGAUGGCCUCAACAGCUUGGAUAUGGGAGAAAUGUUUCACGAUGAGUAUAGUCAUUUUUCUAAUGGGAAGAGAGCUAAAGUGCUUUCUGAAGGAGAAAGAGAGCAGAAGAGACAAAAACUUAAAGCCCUCGUUGAAAAGAUGGAAGAGAAGAAAAAAAAUAGAACCAUUGCAUAUUACUAUCCAGAUUUUUCGGUCAAUAAGCCUUUUAACUUUCAUUUACAUCUACUUCCAGCUCCCAAGUAUUAUAAACCAAUACCACCUCCAAUAUCUUUAAAAGAUAAUAUUAAACCUUUAAUUCCAACUAAGAUAAGUUUAGAAGUUGACCUUGACGAACGAAAGCUUUUUAGAUCUAAAAAGGCACUUGUAAAUAAGCCAAUUUUUGCCCCAGAGUCAAGAUUGAACAGAAUUAUUGAUAUCUCCCCACUGGCAGUAUCAUUUAUAGAGGGACUUGAAAGCAAUGCGGAUCAUUUAAAGCCGCUUACUAAACCCAUUGACUUUAUUGAGAGGGAUGCUGCUAGUGACAAUAUAUUCUCUGACUUUUCAAAAGAUUUAAUACUAUCGACGGCUGACUGGGAUGAUGACCAAAUCAUAAAUGCCGGAGACGAAAGCUUCCCUCAAAAGAAAGUUGACGUAGAGGUAAGCAAAUUGGAUGAUGAUUAUGAAGAGGAUGAGGGUAUAUUCAAUGGAAACAUAAAUGAGAAAAAUUUCAGCUUAGAUAUGAACGAUCCGAGCUUAAUAUUUAUACCUGAAAAGAGGAGCAACAAAUCUAAGGCUUUAAUCCCAACUACGGAUAAGCUUUUGGAACAAAAGUUUAAUAUUUCUAAUGAUUCUUACUACGAAAUUUUGAAAACUAAUUACAACACCAAGGUAAGAAGCCAACUUAGUAAUUUAAAUAUAGAGCACUCUAUUCCGGCUCUUCGGUUGCAAGCUCCAUAUUAUAAGGUCAAAUUGAAUAAAACCGAAUCGAGAGCUUUCCAUAGACCGAAUUUCGUCGUCAGACCUGGAACUCUAAUGAGCUUCUCAAAGGUAAAGCUUCGUAAAAAGAAGAAUGAUCGUGGAAAGUCUCCACAAGAAACUUUCAGGAAGACGUCUGACCUAUCUUUCGCGGAUUCGGGUCCUAUUGUAGGGAUGGAAUACUGUGAGGAAUAUCCUCAAAUUUUGUCUAAUUUUGGAAUGUGCUCUAAAUUAAUCAAUUACUAUAGAAAGGAAAAAGAAGAUGAUUCUUCUAGACCAAAAGCUCAGCUCGGAGAAACUCAUGUAUUGGGCUUGCAGGACAGAUCUCCAUUUUGGAAUUUUGGUGAGGUUGCUCCAGGUGACUUUAUCCCUACCUUAUACAACAACAUGAUAAGAUCCCCUGUCUUCAAACAUGAUGUAAAAGAAACUGAUUUUUUAUUGAUUCGGUCGCAAGGAGCGGGAAGUCACCAGCGCUACUUUCUUAGAAACAUUAAUCACAUAUUUGCGGUGGGAGAUUUGUUUCCUGCUGUAGAAGUGCCGGCACCUCAUUCAAGAAAAGUUACCAAUACUUCAAAAAAUAGGUUAAAAAUGGUUGUUUUCAGAGCUAUGAAUAAUAAUAAAGAAUCUAGGAUUUCAGUUAAAGAUAUCUCACAUCAUUUUCCCGAUCAGAAUGACAUGCAAAAUCGUCAGAGAUUAAAAGAAUUUAUGGAAUAUCAACGUCAAGGUGAUGACCAGGGAUAUUGGAAAAUUAAAAAUACAGACAUAGUUCCACUGGAGGACGAUAUUAGGAACAUGAUCACUCCUGAAGACGUUUGCAUUUUGGACAGCAUGCAAUAUGGACAGCAAUGUCUUGAAGAUACGAACAUAGUUUUCGGUGAUAACCCUGUAGACGAUGUUAUGAAAAAAGAAAAGAAAGCCAAGAAAGAAGAAAGUCAAGAUUUAGAGGAUACGGACAAAGAAAAUGAAAAAGAAGUGGAUAAGGAAAAAGAGAAAACAAAGGAGAAAGAAAAGCAGAAGCGAUCAAGAGAUACAGAAGUUACGGACAUGGAUAUUGAGGAGGAAAUUGCGCCAUGGAACAUGACACGUAAUUUUAUUACUGCAAAUCAAUCCAAGGCAAUGCUACAGCUCAAUGGUGAAGGUGAUCCCAGUGGAAUUGGCUUGGGAUAUUCAUUUUUGCGUGCAACGCAAAAGAACAAUUUCAAGCCAUUGUUCCCUCCACCGAAGGAGCAUGUGCCUAAAAACAGCACUGCCGCCUAUCAACAGAAAUUAUAUGAUGCAGAAAUAAAAAGGAUUUGGUAUUCUCAGAGAAGAUCUUUGGUUGAUCACGGCCCAGAUUUCGAUCUCAAUGCUAUUUAUGAAGAAUAUAAGCCCAUGAAUCAGUAUAAGUUUAUGAAAGAAAAACUUAAGGAAGAAAGCAAGAAUGACUCACCAAGAGUCUUAAGAAUCAGCCGAAGAUUUCGGGAUGAAAAUAAUGUUCUUCAAAGACGCGUUGAAACAAUAAGUGAUCCUAGAUUAAUCAAAGCAUAUCUCAAACGUAAGAAGCAAAUUGAAGAUGAUUUGAUCAGAAAUGCGGAAGUUGAUGACAUAAUCCCCACAGAUGACAAAGAAUUGAAUAAGAUUCGCCGUAAAGCUUUGGAAGAAAAGUUGGCUAGCUUAGAAAAGAGAGCCAAGCAAAAUAGAGGUCGGAAACCUUCAAAGGAUGUUUUACAUGCGGCUACUGCUGCCGGAGGUGUCGUAAUUGAUGCUAACACGGUAAUGCUACCUGACGGAUCUUAUGCAUUCGGUGGGAAAGGAAUUGGUAAAGGAAAGAGUAAAACGAGAAGAUGUGCUUCAUGUGGCGCUUUUGGUCAUAUUAGAACAAAGAAAACAUGUCCACUUUAUUAUCAAACAAACGGAGGUACAAUUCCUGUGAGUAAGUUGGAUAAUACUAUACCUAUCCCUGAACUGAUUACACUGAACUCGGGGUCGCCGGUUUCACGCCAAUCUCCCACUGAAUUUAGUAAGCAACCAUCAUCUGAUGGGCUGCAUACUUGA